GAACGAUGCACUUCCUAGCAACCUUUGUCAACGCAUUGUCAUGCCUCUCUUUUGCUACGCAAACUGUUGCAAGCCCACACCAGGCCGACCCCGCCGCGCUUUCCAACAUUUUCAUAAUGAGACAAGCGAUGGACUAUUCCCAAGGCGCGUUGCCUAUCUACGCCUCAAACGGCACCAUUGCUUUCCGAUUCAUCAGGAGUAUACACGACCCUCUCACUGGGUCCACCACGAUUUUACUCAAGGACCUAGCCUCAGGCACUUUGAAUGUGGUGGAAUCGUCGAACAGCCUCUGUGCUCACAAGACCACCUACUCCGACAUGGAGGUGCCCGUAUCACAAGGCCGGCAGUUUACCAUCGACCCUAAUGGUCUGCUCAAAGACCAGUGGUCCUUUAGCUACCUCGAUGUCACCGGCACGCAACAAAACUUCAAGUUUGACAGGAACUACGCCAGCAAAGAGGGCGAAAUUUAUCACCAGUUCAAAGGCAAAAACGGCGCGCUGGUAGCCGAGCUCAGGAAUCAAAAGAGGACGGAUGCCUGGAUCACCACCCCUUCAGUGCAUGAGGUUGACACUUACACCCUUUCAUGUGCUGACAAUUCCCCACAGGUCGAUUUGGUCUUCCUAAUGGGCUUGGUUAUGACCCGAGUCCAUGAUUGUGGACUUUGAUGCAUACUUUUCCUUGCACUUCAUCACCUUUGGAUUUAUUCUGUAACUACAUUCCUUGUCUCUGUUGCUUAAAUCUGGUGUAGCUUUCCCCCUUCUACUGCUAGUGGA